AUGGCGAAAUUGUACCGGCGAACUACGUGGACGCCUUCUGCCCCCUUAGCGAGGGAAGCACGACUGUUGCCACGCCAUGCAGCGGAGAGUACAAAGAUAUUCUCCCCGGGUACGAGAAAGGGUGGAGGUCAGACAAGACGAAGAGGGGAGUUCUCGCUCACCAUUCUUGAAGACAAGUUCCCUGAGAACGGGGCGAAGCUCAUGGUGCAGUGUCAGAAGAAGACUGAGGAAACUCCGGCGAAGCCAAACGUCAAAGACGCAGAAGAGCUGAGUGUGUGCAGCGCUGUUGUGACGGUUGAGGGAACAGCGUCCGCUAGCGCCUCUGCGCUGACGUUUGCGUCUGGCAGGCUCUCAUUGGUUGCGGGCGUCGCUCUUCCUCUGGCCCUGAGGUUCAUCUGCUGA